UUUUGAAGGGGAGCUAACCCCGCUGUGAAAAUUGUUAUACAACUUUCGGUGUAGACAAGACAGUGAAAAUGAGAUUUCUCUCUCUAAUUCGAGCUUGUCAGUCCUAUGCAAGACAACCUAUAUAUCAGUCCUCUACUAGGGUAUUUCUCCAGUCACACAGAUUGUCUUCAACAAAUAACACAGAGGAAGAAUAUCCUUUACCUGAAUACCAGGAAAGACAGACAGAAGCACUUGAAGUGAAGAAAGCUAGAUUAUUAUAUCAAAGUAGAAAAAGGGGCAUGCUAGAAAAUGGUCUUCUUUUAAGCUCGUUUGCAGCUGAAUUUUUAAAUUCUUUUGAUGAGAAAGAAACCACCAUGUAUGACAGACUGAUCAACAAGCCAUCUAAUGAUUGGGAAAUAUAUUAUUGGGCCAUAGGUAACAAGCCAACACCUGAAGAAUUUGACAAUAAGAUUAUGGACUUGUUAAAAAAACAUGCGUGUAAUGAAAAUAUGGUGGAUCGUAGUCGCCAACCUGAUUUAUAACACUUAGAACUGAGAUGGAAUCUCAAAUAAAAACUCAGUUUUUCAUUGUGUGUAAAUUUUUCACAAGUUAUUAACUUGGCCAAAGACAAAAUUUGUAUAGAAUGCAUUUGAUUUAAUGAACUGGUUCAUUGUUCUGUGUACAUAGUAUAUGAAAAGUGAUAUUAUUUAUUUGGUAACAGUUAUCAUGGAUCUUGUUUACUGUUUAGUCAAAAUAUUAAAUAUUCUUACAUUUCUCA